AAAUACUGUUAGUGAUGCGGGGGACAGCAGAAUGAGGUAAUGUGGAUAUUUCACCUGAGAUAAAAGAUACUAUAAACUUCAAAAGACUAGACACCGCUGAGCAGAGUUCACUGGGAACAUUUUAGAAUAGUUCUAUCAGGAUAUCACGACUUCCACUGAGAAAACCACCACCACCAAGGCUGCAAGCGACGGACUACAGCGCGUUCUGGCGCAAUACCUGAGCUGUAAAGGCUCAUUUCCGUACGACUACCCAAGAUGGCGGAGCCCAUGAUUGAAAACAGAUUCAAGAUGGCGGCCUACAGCUUCCCCUGCAGUACUGCACGUGGCUCCCGGCCACGCCCACUUCCGGCUACUCCACCUCAGCAUGGCUACCUUGGGAACUCUGCUCUCUAGUGUCCGGAGGCUGCACUGCAGCGCGUCGGCUCGGGCUGGCAGCCGGUGGCGCCUCCAGCAGGGCCUGGCCGCCAGCGUUUCCGGCUACGGGCCUCUCACCGACCUUCCGGACUGGUCUUUCGCGGAUGGCCGUCCUGCUCCCCCAAUGAAAGGCCAGCUUCGAAGAAAAGCCCAAAGGGAGAAGUUGGCAGUGAGUGAGACGAGUCGUUCUGCUGUCACAGGAAAUGGAUGCUGGGUUACAGGCCUGGCAGCUCAGGCAGCAGGAGAAGUUGCAGGAGGAAGAAAGGAAACAGAAAAAUGCUCUCAAACCCAAAGGGACCUUGCUGCGGAGCCCACUCCCAAGUCAAUAAAAAGCAACUGCUGUUCCCCUUCCCCAGCCUCUCUGGCUUUCUUUUCCAUCACCUGAAUGUGUCAUCUCAGCCAAAAGAGAGCCUUUAUGUUUUGUCUUUGGAGCCAAAGAGCUGGCACACCAGGAUAAAGGGCUGUGAGAUCAUUGUCUUCCAGUGCCCUGAUCCCUGGCUCCAUCCCAGUUUGGCUGAGUGUGGCUCUGGGGUUCUUAGCCCUUCCUUCGCAGGCCACUGGACUACCCAACUAUAAGCAGUAGCCGCUCUGUGAACAUGAAAAAUGGACAGCAGUUCUCCUGGCUUUAGCCAGCACUCAUGUCUUUAAUAGCUCCACCAUGUGUUGCUGGUAUUUAAUAAAUGCUUGGAAAAGAAAGAAAAAUAAAGCUUAGAUGAAAAA